GUUCUCUUCUCUCCCACCCCAGAGUGUCUGGCUGCUGUUAGCUUCUUUCAAAAGGUUCAAGAAGUGGUUCAAUAGAGAAGCUGGCUUCACAGCAUGAAGAGGACUGGCGUAGAAGAAUCAAGUCAAUAGAAUAUUGAAGCUGGAAGCACAGUGUCCAGAGACGUCGCUGCCUCGGAGCUGAGCUGACAGACGUCCUUGCUCUACAUCGGGACUGGGCUGAGCGGAGGAGGUAGUAGACUAGGCAGUGACAGAGACAGGUCACGCGUACGACGUAGUAAAGAACAUUCUACUCUGCUGUUAUGAACUACUGUAUCUUGCUGUAGUCCGGAGACAGACGGGGAGAGGAGAGGACACGUUUUCUUUUUUAGAGAAACGGAAGGAACUAGUUUCUGAAAACGUAUUGGAUAGAUUCUAACACAGAGACCUGGUUUGAGAGAGAGAUUUAAGCUCCGUUUUUCGGUGAAAGGGAAGCCAUGUCGACUGCGGUGGUCGCUGCCUCUCGUAGACAGUCCUGUUAUUUAUGCGACCUGCCCCGCAUGCCCUGGGCUAUGAUCUGGGAUUUUACCGAACCCAUCUGCAGGGGAUGUGUUAACUACGAAGGAGCGGAUCGGAUCGAGUUUGUGAUUGAGACAGCCCGGCAGCUGAAGCGGGCUCACGGCUUCCAGGAGGGGAGGUCUCCGGGACCGGGGAAACAGCAGCAGCUAUCGGGGAAAGAGAUCCAGUCUAACCACCACGGGUCUGGAGGAGACCCCGGAUCCCGGCCGUCACAGCCCCUGGACCGUUACCCCCUCUCCACCUUGGACCGUCCGCUGCGGAUGGGACCGGAGUACCAGUCUGGGAGACAGGCUAACGGAAUUCCGGUACCUAAUGGAUUUCCUAAACCGGACGACCCACACGAGCUCAACCGGCAGAGCCCCAACCCGCGAAGGAAUAACACGGUUCCUCCCAAUCUAGUUCCUCUAGUGAACGGGAACAUGUCCUUGUUACACGUAGUUAACGGCAGAACCGUGUGUCCGAUGGCGAUGGGGCACCCGGGGUCCGGUUUGAUGGCAGGUAGCCCCAACGAGCACGGCGGCGGUAAACGGUUAGUCUCGGUCUCCUGUAGUGACCAGCACGAGAAGGAUAAGCAGCACAUACCUGACAGCCUGACACCUGAUAUAGAGCAUCACAAAGCCCGGGCGGAUGAGUGGAUGAACAAGGGGAAAACGGUCAGGGACUUGAUGGUUCUCCAUACUUUCGACAGCCGGUUCAAGAAGGAUCCUGCAGCCAUGCAACAGAGGGUGAUGGGCUAUGAGCAACAACAGAACGGUGCUGCUUCCAAAUCAGACAGGGGAAAACACCCACGGACUAUGAAAAGGAAAGCAUCGCCAGAACUUGAGGGGGAGAGAGAGGGAACCGCCACCAAGCAUAAUGGAGAGGACAGACAGCAGUGGUUACCGGGUCAAGCAUCUGACCGUGACGGACAUAAAAUGCCCCCGGGACCACCACCAAGCUUCUCCUCCGUCCCCACCAAUACCUUAUCCCCCCACUCACGCACCACCCCACCGGAAGCUGCGCAGAACGGCCAUUCCCCCAUGGCGGCACUGAUCCUCGCGGCAGACAACGCUGGUGGUGGCGGGAACAGCUCGCCCAAAGACGAGAACCAGGUCCACUCCACCACGCACCGCAACAGCAGCAGCCCGCUCUCGCUCUCGCCCUCCUCGAUGAACCAGAACCGCCGGCCCACACAGGGUAAGGAGGCAUCCGGUAUUAUGGGGACACUUCACGUGCCAGGGGGUGGAAUGAUGGAGCAAGGGCAUCAAAGCAUUCCGGACUCGUCAGUACCCGGGAGCGUACCCCUCUGCUGCACGCUCUGUGACCAGAGGUUAGAGGACACGCACUUUGUUCAGUGUCCGUCGGUACCCUCGCACAAGUUCUGCUUCCCGUGUUCGCGGCAGAGCAUCAAACAACAAGGAGCCACCGGGGAGGUGUACUGUCCCAGCGGGGAGAAGUGCCCGUUGGUCGGCUCUAACGUACCGUGGGCUUUCAUGCAAGGAGAAAUCGGCACUAUCCUUGCAGGGGACGUCAAAGUAAAAAACGAAAUGGACACUUGAGAUUUUAUUUUCAAAAUAUUUUGGGGAGAGAUUGUUUUGGUGGAAAAAGACCAAAUACGAGUGUAUAAAUAUUAAAAUGAAAUACCACAUACCAUCCAAACAAACUAACCAACGGACUUUGUACAUAUUUUACCCAAUCCGAGGGGACUAGUGUAGGCUAUACUUUGUAAAACAAGGCUCUAUAAUUUUGAGAUUUUUUUAAUACAUUCAGUUUCUAUAUUUUGAAGAUAAAGGUAUUCAAUUAUAAUAGAACUGGGCUCUCUCGGCCCUAUUUGUUGAUGUUUAACACGGUUGAUGUAGGCCUACUUCUAGUAGUACGUCCCAAAAGGCACUCUAUUCCUUAAAAAGGACACUAUUUUAGAGCAGGGACACCCACAGGGACUCCCACAGAGCUCUGGUCAAAAGUAGUGCCCUAUUUAGGUAACAGGGUGCCUUUUGGGACGCACUCUCUGUCUGGUGCCUGUUCCUGUUCAAAACCUGACUGAUGAUGAGGCCCCUCUCUACGAGGUACAUGGCAACCAACUGAAAUGCUUUUAUCUGUGACUUGUAUGCACUUGUUUCAAAAUAAUUGCCAAAUACAAUGUGUGAUGUUGUAUGAAGAA